AUGGUCAACGGCCUGCAAACCAUCACUUUCGUCUCCCUCCUCGGGUCCUGGUCCGCAGUCACCUUUGGCUCCGGAUAUCUCCCCUACCGGCCAACCUACGUCGGCAGCUUUGUUCUCAUCUGGACGAUUCUCGGCUUGGGCGCGCUUUUCUACAAGAUCUUCAUCUACCACCGGUUUUUCUCACCGCUGAGACAUCUCCCAGAUCCAAAGGGCGGCAGUUUGUGGAAUGGACACGCCAAACGCAUCUACACUGAAGCAAAUGGAUUCCCGGCCAGCGACUGGCUCCGCACAACCCCCCAUAAGGACAUGUUCCGGUAUCUGGGCGUGCUGAACAGCGAGCGCAUCGUCGUGACGUCCCCCGAGGCCCUGGCCGAAGUCUGCUCGCGCAACUACGACUUCCCCAAGUCGCGCCAGGCGACGUUCGUCGCGGGCGAGCUGCUGGGCCGCGGCCUGGUCCUGACUGAUGGCGACGAGCACAAGCGCCAGCGCAAGAUGCUGCUGCCGUCCUUUGCCAGCAAGCACAUCAAGGCGCUGUACCCGGUCUACUGGAGCAAGGCCAAGGAGGUCACGGCCAAACUGACCGCCAUUGCCCGCAGCGAUGCCUCCGGUGAAGGCGCCGCCGUCGAGAUCGGCGAGUGGGCGUCGCGCGCGGCGCUGGACGUCAUCACGCUGGCCGCGCUGGGCCUCGACUUUGGGGCCAUCAAGGACCCGCAGACGCCGCUCAACCGCACGUACCGCAUGGUGUUCGAGCCGACGCGCAUGUUCCAGUUCUUCUCGCUGCUGAAGCUGGUGAUCCCGUCGUGGAUCGUGCACCGCAUCCCGCUCAAGCGCAACCUGGAGGUCAUGAAGGCGGUGCGCGACAUUAAGGAGACGUGUCGCCAGCUGGUGCGGUCCAAGCGGGCGGAGAUCGCCAGCGAGAAGCCGCCGCGCAAGGACCUGCUCAGCCUGGUGCUGCAGAGCGAGAACCUGACCGAGGGCGAGGCGGUCGACCAGAUGAUGACCUUCCUGGCGGCGGGCCACGAGACGGUGUCGGUGGCCAUCACCUGGGCUAUCUACAUGCUGUGCAAGUACCCGGAGUACCAGAGCCGGCUGCGCGCCGAGGUGCGCGAGCUGCUGCCCAGCCCGGACGUCGAGCUGAGCGACGGCGAGACGCCUGCAGAUCUUGACAGGGCAGUGCAGCUGACAGCCUUCUGCAACGAGGUGCUGCGAUACUGGCCGCCGAUCCCGCUGACGGCGCGCGAGGCAGCGGAGGACACGACGCUGUGCGGACAGUUCAUCCCCAAGGGCACCAAGAUCAUCCUGACGAUCGUCGGCACGAACCGCGACGAGCGGCUGUGGGGGAAGGACGCGCGCGAGUUCCGGCCAGAGCGCUGGCUGACGGCGGAGGGCAAGCUGGACGCGACGGGCGGCGCGGUCAGCAAGUACGCCAACAUGACCUUCAACCACGGGCCUCGCAUGUGCAUCGGCCAGGGCUUCGCGCGCGCGGAGAUGGCGUACAUCCUGGCCGCCUGGAUCGGGCGGUUUGAGUUUGCUCUGGUGAACGAGGCGGAUCGCGACGAGAGCAAGAUCAAGAUCUCUGGCGGAGGAUUCUCAGCGAAGCCGGCGGAUGGAUUGUGGGUGAAGAUGAGGGCGGUGGAUGGGUGGUAG